AUGAAAAUUUUGAUUUUAUUAUUUUUUUGCUAUGCGAUUGAUGCAAGUAAGUUGGAAAAUCACAGAUUUUCAAAUCAAAAUUUUGAGAUUUUUCAGUCGGUCAAACUGUAGUUCGACCAUUUGUGAACGCGAUUCCGAUUCCAGGCCGAAAUGUGCCGAUUUUGAGGCUUUUCGAAAAUUAUGCCGCUUCUUGCAGGCCGAAAAAUAAAAAGGAUUUCAGUAUCGAUCAAUUGGCUACGGUAGGGGGGUUUGCGGGAUUUUUUAACCCUAAAAAUCCCAAAUUUUAUGUUUGCAGCUUUUACAAUCGCUUCAAAUGGACGAAGUCGCCUCAAAAGUCUACAAUUCUCUAUUUUUCUCAAUGUCUGACAUGCAAAUCGAUCGAUUUAUGGGAAGAUGGUAUACUGUAGUGGAUUCGAAAAAAUUCAUCCUGAAUCUUGCUCGAUUUUGUAUUGUGAGUUUGAAGGGGGGGGGGGGACUGGCUAAUAUGAGCAAUUAUUUUGAAUGAAUAUAGGAAUUGCUCAUGUUAGUAUGGAACUCUAGAAAUUCAGAUCAUUCAAACUAAAAACCUGAAAUUACGAAACUUCAAAUUUUUGACCUUCAAAAUAGUCAAUUAUAUAGCUGAUUCACGAACAAAAAAAAUGUUGAACAUUUUUUUUUUAACAUUGAAAGAUCAAUUCACGAAAAGUCGAAAAAUGUCGAAAAAACAUUGUAGGUCAAAAUUAGUUUUUCGAGUUUUUCAGCCAAAAAUGAUGACAAAUUGAUAUUUUUUAAGCUUCUGGAGUAAUUUCUGAUGAAAAAGCUUCGAGAACCCUAUUUUGCUUUAUUUUAUGAUUUUUUUCGAAAUUCAUCAAAAUUUAAAAAUUUUUAUUUUACGAAAAAUCAGCAAAACCUUCUGGAAAGUAAAUUCCAACGUAAAUUUCGAUCAGAAAUUACUUCAGAAGCUUGAAAAAUAUCGAUUUGUCAUCAUUUUUGGCUGAAAAACUCGAAAAACUAAUUUUGACCUACAAUGUUUUUCCGACAUUUUUUGACUUUUCGUGAAUUGAUCUUUCAAUGUUAAAAAAACAUUUUUAAACAUUUUUUCGUUCGUGAAUCAGCCCUAUUGCUCAUGUUAGUCUUGGAAAUUCAAAUUUUGGAACCAAUUUUUGAAUUCAGAUCUCUCAGAGCAAAAAAAAUGACCUGAAAUCAGAAAAAUCCAAUUUUUUUCCAGUCAAUAUGCUAACCCAAACCGAAUUCACCUCAACUUUCACAAUUCGCCAAUAUUCCCUCUCUUCUGGCGAAAAUAAAAACAUAAUAACAAAUGAGGGAUUCGGAAGACAAACCGGAACAGAACCCGGAGAAAUUCUCAUCAAUUUCGGACAUCCCAAUGAUCAAUGCCCAUAUUUCCCAGUGAAAUUGGGCGGUUUGGAUUCGACUGGAAACUAUGAAUAUAUCAUACUGUCUACCCCGCUCAAAUAUCCAACUAUGGUUUUGACGCGAAAUUUGACAAAGUUUGAUGAGAAAUAUCGUGGCGAAGUGUAUGAUUUUGUGGAGAAAUAUGGAUUUAUGAGUCCGUUGGCCGCGUUGGAUACGAGAUUGGAUUUUGAGAAUUUGAAAAUGUGUAUGAAGAUUAAUGCGUUGUAUGAGAAUGGUGAAAUUCAUUGA